GACCGAAGAGGCCUCUUUCCUUUUUUUUCUUCUUCUAGAGACUCUGCUGGAGACACGCGCCAUGCCUCUUGCAAAAGAUUUGUUGCACCCCAGUCCUGAGGAGGAAAAGAGGAGACACAAGAAGAAACGGCUUGUUCAGAGUCCAAACUCUUAUUUCAUGGAUGUCAAAUGUCCAGGUUGCUAUAAGAUCACCACAGUGUUCAGCCAUGCUCAGACAGUAGUGCUGUGUGUGGGCUGCUCCACGGUCCUGUGCCAGCCGACGGGCGGAAAGGCUCGUCUGACAGAAGGAUGCUCGUUUAGGAGAAAACAACACUAGUGGGAUCAAACCUGGCUGCACAGGUGACAAAGAGAACUUGAUGGACAUCAGAUGAUGCUGCCAAAGAUUUAAUUCAGUUGAAAGGAAAAAGCUGAAGCUUUCUGUGAGAAAGAAAUCACCAUCCUGUCUGGAAUACCUUUGAUUGUUCUCUCAAGUAGUCCAGGGGUUCUUAAUAAUUGAAUUAUUUCAAGUUUUAUCAUCCUGAAUCCCACUCUUUCAGCUUACAAAGUGAGAAAGGCUGUUAAUUUCUUGCUCAGGAUCAGGAUUUACUACUUUUGGCCACAUGUUUGUCAGAAAUUGAUGUUUUGAAAUGUUGCUACCUAAUAAAAUUGAUUAUUGCA